UGAAUAACGAAUAUUUUUAACAAAAAUUUCUGUUUUAUUUUAUGUCAAUUUUGUAUUUAAGUGCAAAUAUGGGGUAUGCGAAAAUGUAUUUCUGACUGAACGUGUGAUGUUGCCGCUGCGACGAAUUCUUUUAGAGUAAGUCAUGAUACUGAUAGUCCUGGAAUGUGGCCUACUGAGCGUAACAGCAUGGCUGUUGUUGCGCUGGCGCAUUGUGAAGUCUUACUGGGCCAAGAGGAACGUGCCGCACAGUCCUCCGCACCCCAUCGUGGGCAGCCUUGACUUCCUCUUUAAGGAAAAUGCUGUAUUUUGGAUGAGAAAAAUUUACAAUGAAUUCAAGAGUCCAUAUGUGGGGGUAUGGCUGUUCUGGCGGCCAGCGCUGAUCAUCAACUGCCCAGAGCUGGCGCGGCGGGUGCUCGUCAAGGACGCUGACAACUUCAGAAACAAACUGAUAAGCUCUGGUAGGACUGAUCCUAUCGGACAACUGAAUUUGUUCACUGUAAAUGACCCUCUCUGGACAUCUCUAAGGCGUCGGCUCAACGUGAUCUUCACUGGAGCCAAGCUGAGAUCCGUUCACAAUAUCUAUUCCGACAAGGCCAAGGACUUGGUGACGCGCAUUGAGUCAGAUAACAGGCAGAAAAAACUUAUCAACUUAAGAUCCCUAUUUAGUGACUACACCACGGACGUGUUUGGAGACUCUGCGUUUGGAGUGAGCAGUACGGCCACCAUCACCGGAGACAGCCCUCUGAGAAGAGUCACCUCUGACUUCACCAAGUUCUCCAUGUUCCGCGGCCUAUCUUGGACCAGUAUUUUUUUCAUGCCAGAGCUGGUUGACUAUUUUGGAUUUUCGUUCUUCCCAAAAUCGACGAUUACUUACCUGAGAAAGGUGUUCAGAUCUGUGGUGCAGCAAAGGGAACAGAAUAGGAUGGACCAUGGAGAAAUCAGGGACAUGCUUGAUGUCCUGCUGAAGAUGAAACAGGAAGCCAAAAUUGAUGGGGAAGAGAUCAGCGAAGACCUGCUCCUAGCACAAGCUGCAAUAUUCCUGCAAGGAGGCUUCGACACGUCGGCUGUCAAUUUGACAUUUACCCUUUACGAGCUAGCACACCAGCCUUUAAUACAAGAGAAACUUUAUGCCGAGUUGUAUGAAGCACAGCAGAAGGCUAACGGAGACCUAGAUUCAACGAUUCUGGCUGAGCUGUCGUACCUGAAUGCCGUUCUUGAAGAGACCCUGAGGAAGUAUCCACCGCUAGGCUUUUUAGAUAGAAUCGCACUGAAGAACUACAAGAUCGAUGAUAACCUGACUAUUCCCGCGGGAACCCCCAUUUAUGUGAAUGCUGCAGGGCUGCAGAUGGAUCCUAACUUAUUCCCCGAACCUGAGAAGUUCAUCCCUGAGAGAUUCCUGCCGGAGCAUAACUCGGUAAAGCCCUACACUCACAUGCCGUUUGGAGAAGGACCUAGGCAUUGCAUAGGGAAGCGUUUCGCUUACCAGACCAUGAGGUACGGGCUAUCCAAAGUAUUGCUGAGCUUCGAAGUCCGUCCGCUGCCCAAUAGCCCGCUGCCAAACGACUGCCACAUCGAUGCCAGGAGCAUGCUCAUGAUGCCAGACGAAGUCAUGUCCGUCGAGUUCAUUAACAGAAAGGCGAAAACUGCUUAGAGUUAUAUUUAUAAAGUACUAGCUGACCCGACAGACGUUGUCCCGUCUUAACUAUGAAUUUGCAGCGCGCAUUCUGCCAAUCGCUGACAGUUAUUUCAAACAAGACAGUUAUAUAAAAUUAAUGUUUUAGUUGAGUUUUCUUAAAUUUUCUAAUUUUCUGCGCAGUUUUUUGAUUUUUUUCUUUCAUAAGAACCAUCUCCUGACAAUAACAAACUCAAAAAAAAACAAUAGUGAAAUCGUUCCAGCCGUUCACGCGUAAUGGCGUGACCAAGGGAAAUAGCGAUUCAUUUUUAUAUAUAUAGAUAAUUCAUCUGAGUAGGAUACGGUACCGCGUCGUUUCAUUUCAGUUAAGCAACUGCAUUGUUCAGCUUUGAGUUGUUUUGAUGUCAUUAAGAAUUAGGAGCGGCUUGUUUGUCCCUUCCUUUUAUAUUUAAUUUUAUAUGAGUAUUGUAUAAAUAUGAGGCCCCGGUCUCGCAUCUACAGAGUUUUGUAUUAUACUGUUGAUGUUCAGAACAAUUAGUGUAUCAAAUAGUAUACGUGUAUGUAAUGGUCACUUAUUGGUCGAAAUACAUAUGAGGAAUUUAAUAUAUGGAACACAUAUUAUUUUAAACAUAAAUUUUAUUAUUCUGCAAUCCUUCGAAAUAUAAACUUUAAUCGUUUCAAAUCUCACGCAUCACUUGCGGUUUACAAGCAUCGAUAUAUAAAUAUAUGUCAAUGGUUACAAGGUUUCUCUUCAUGUAUUAAUAGAUAGAUAACAAAAAAUAUAACAUUGUUGAUUGUUAUAA